AGCAACUUGAAAAGGAACGUGAACAGAAACGAAGGGAACGCGAAGAGCGAAUUCGGGAAAGAAGAGAUUUAAAGGGGGCUGCUCGGCUUAACCGCCUUCGUGAGCAGCAAGAGGCUGAAUUGAAUAAGCAGGCUGCGUCAGAACGACUGCAACAUGCGGAGGCUGACGGCACCGUUCCACGUCGUCCUGUUCCCCGACCCAUCUUUGCCUCCCCCUUCUCCGAACCUCCCCGCAUUUGUAAUGCAGCCCAUCUCACAGAUGAGCAAUCUAGUUCCACGUUUCGUUACUUCGACUACGUUCGCAUCACCGAUGGCUGGCGCACCGGCCUCUAAGUUCGCUUUAUUCGACCACCGCAGUUACAGGGCACCAGCGUUGCCUCAAACUCUCCUGCGCUUAAGCCCUGGUCGUCUCAGCAAGAUGUUGUUGAGGGGGCAGGGGUCAUUCUCUCUACUGCGGCAGCAGCGUCUGCUCCCGGACAGCCCCAACAGCAGCGCCCGAUCAUCCUUCAGCCCCAGGCCGUGGUUCCCUCGGACGGUUUUCAGCAGGUCUAUGCUAUCCCUCCAACGGCUGUAGCGGCCAGUCAGCAGACGCCUGCCUUUUUGGGCUUACAACCAGUCCGGCCCACUGAGGUUGCGAUUCGUCCGCCUGCUGUGCCUCAAAACUUAUCCGUGUCUUCAAGACCUCCUGUCCUUCAACCACAAAUAAUUUUGCGGCCUAAUGUCGUGAGACCUACAGCAACACCCCAGGUUAUUCAACCCGUUGCCCCCAGUCCCGUGGCCGUUCGCCUUCAGCCUC